AUGGCUUCAUAUGCUGGACAUUUGCCAAUAACGGAAACUGUUAAAAUGUUGGGAAUAUUCAGUGUUGGUGCCUUUUUAUUACGUGGUGCUGGAUGUACUAUUAAUGAUUUGUGGGAUCGUGAUAUUGACAAGAUGGUCGAAAGAACGAGAUCUAGACCAUUAGCGUCAGGAGCUAUUACUCCUAGAAACGCACUCAUCUUUUUGGGAGCUCAGUUGUCACUGGGCAUCAUACUCGGCGCAUCAUCUCUAGUGCUAGUUGUCUCCUACCCUUUAAUGAAACGCAUCACUUUCUGGCCUCAAUUUAUACUUGGAUUGACAUUUAAUUGGGGUGCGCUGUUGGGGUGGUCGGCAAUGAUGGGCCACUGUGACUGGUCUGUCUGUUUACCUCUGUAUGGAGCCGGUGUGUUUUGGACGUUGCUUUAUGAUACUAUAUAUGCUAUACAGGACAUGCCAGACGAUCGCCUAGUAGGCGUAAAAUCAACAGCAAUUCGCUUAUACGACAAUAUGAAGCUAUGGCUAUCCGGAUUUGCAACAGCAAAUAUCUCUCUACUAGUGCUAGCCGGCGUAAUGAAUGGUCAAGGAUGGCCAUAUUUCUUAACUGUGAUUGUGGGAGCAGGUUCUCACUUCAUCUGGCAGAUACGGACGCUGGAUAUGAACAGUGGUACAGAUUGCGCUAAAAAGUUUGUGUCGAAUGCCACGGUGGGGGUUAUGGUGCUCGUUGGGAUUACCUUGGAUGUGGUGAGGCAGAGGGUGUUUGGUGAAGAGAAACGUGCAGAAGAUGUUGGUGAUGACAAGAAAGAUAUUGUCCAUAUUGCAAGUACAUAA